UUGAACUGUUUCGAAGAAACUGUGUGAACAUUCCUGAAAAGUGAAAAUCUAGAUAAAUGUUUGGUUCGAUAUUGGGUGGCAUGGACGACGACUUUAUUUUUGGAUCGGCUAUACGCCACAUGUCCAAUGUAGAUCACAUGAUGUCCAGCAUGCUACAUCAUCAUCCUUUUUCCAUGGACAAUAUUUUCCGAGGCUUUGGAUCUUCCCGAAGCGGAAUGCAUGGCAUGAUGCCCUCCUUUGGUAUGCCGAUGAUGCCCAGUUUCGGGCGAAUGCUCAAUGGUUCUAUGGGCGCCUUAGGAUCUCCCAUGCCUGGAAACUGUAACUUUAGCAGUUCGAGCACUGUUAUCAGCAUGACCUCUGGCCCGGACGGUAGACCACAAGUGUACAAAGAGACGUCGAGCACGAAAGUCGCCCCUGGCGGCAUUAAGGAGACCCAAAGAACAGUCACGGAUUCCGUUUCUGGCACGAAAAAGAUGGAGAUUGGGCAUCAUAUUGGCGAUAGAGCCCAUAUCAUUGAGAAAGAGCAGAACUUGCACACUGGAGAUCGCGAAGAACGUGAGGACUUUAUCAACUUGGAUGAGGAGCAGGCGGAGGACUUCAACAAGGAAUGGACUACUAAAACCAGAAGAAGGUCAGGUCUUCCAAGAAUCUCAUCAGGCGUUGUUAGAAACCGUCCAGCCAUCGGUCACGGCUGUUGCAGUAUUCCACCUCUGACGGCGACGUACAGCAUCUGUUCGGACCCAAUUUGCACAAUGCCUGUAUCACACACUUUAGCCUGCCCGAGAAAGGUAUCCCGAUUCCGAAAAAUACGCGCCAAUCGCAGUCAGCACAGGCGUUUUAGUUCCAGCAGUCCAUACCAUGUGUCUGGACAAGGCAAACUUAGGAAGUCGAGGAACCUCAAGAGUGUAUCGGGCCCAAGUAAUGAUAAAUCGGCUUAAGUUGUGGUUUAUUUUAUAUUAUCAUUAGUAUUGUAAGUUAGUUUUUCUGGUUAACCAUCUCUGGAAAUGUUCUCUUAGGAUCAGUUGGAAAAUCUAGAGUUGCCCAUUGGUUUUAUACUAGAGACGGUUAGAAACAGCCAAAUCGGUGCCAAUUCGAUCUGAUCCAGAUAAACCCAACAAGGUUUUUUCAACAUUUUUUUCGGCUUGGCUCUAUAUUAGUAAUUUCAGUAUUAUUUGUAUCCGAUCUGUUCAGUUAGAUCAUUCCAACUGGCUCGUUAAGGCAAGAGGUUUUUUAAUCGUAGUUCUUCGAGAGCGGACUGUGAAUUCGGGCGUCGAUUUUCAUUUCUAAUUGAGCAUCUCAUAUAAGAUUCUGGAACUGACUAUAAAUUUUCAUGUCUACGGGAAAUUAGGUAUACAUAACACGUGCGCUUCUAGAUUUUCGCUUUAAAAUCAUUUAAAAUAUAGAUAUUAACAUUUGUUGUUCAAUUUGAGUAGAUACGAUGAUAACGAGGUUUACUUUCGUAAAUAUUAUGGUAAUUUUUUUGUUAUUCAGGAAUACCUACAUUCAACUAAAUAAAAAAAAACAAUUUGCGGAAGGGAAUUUCAGAUAAUCGCAUAUAUUUUCUUCUUCUAAUCUGUCUAGUUCGAGUGUUUUUUAUUUAAUUUCUGAUUUGCGACCAUUCCUGUCCGCUUAUAUUUUCUACGUGAAAUUUAGGACAUUUGCUACGCCACUAGGUAAACUGCGGAGAUUGAAUUAAUUUGUUUUUAAUCAUUAUAGAAGUUUGUUGUAAAAAGUAAUAAUUGUCUUGCUUACUUAGUGUGUUGUAAUUUGACAGAAUGUGUUUGUCCAAUAUAAAUGGAUACAA